AAACAACGUCGGAUACACGUACAUUUUACUUUGACGGAAAGGUCUUCUCAAAGGAUUGAAUGAUGGCUGAGUUUCCAUGUCUUUCAGUGCUUCUGAUGUGUACGUCCAUGGUCUGGUUUUGUAACUGCCAUGACAGUACUGUGUCUGUCAUGGACAGACUAGACCAGUUGGAGACGGAACUGCUUGAUAACAAGAUGGAUUCUCUGCGAAUGGAGAAAAGGCUACUAAAUAUCAUAGAUGAUGCUAAGACAGCAUUGCGAGCUGAACUAAAGGAAAACAUACGGGAUCAAGUGAAACAAACCAUGGCUGAGAUUCUGCAAGGAGAUUCUCUUCAAGACAUUGUGAAAAGUGAGGUCGUCUCAGAACUGAGGCAUGUGAAACAUGGUUACCAUCAGAUGAAGAGACAAUUGCAUCAUGUGUCAAGAUCUCUUAAAGACCUUCAGGUCAAGACGAUCGUGUUUCAUGAAUCUGUCUUGGAGAAGGCCCGGGUUUGUAAUGAGACGGAUCAGUUCAAAAUAUCACAACCGAAGUCAUCUCUUGUGCCUGAGUCUUCUCCCGUUACUGUUAAUACUACGUCUACCCCGCGAUCACCUGCUUUGACAACGCCAGUGACGAGACCCAGACCAUCGGCGUUGACAACGUCAGUGACGACACCCAAACCAUCUGCGUUGACAACGUCAGUGACGACACCCAGACCAUCUGCGUUGACAACGUCAGUGACGACACCCAGACCAUCUGCGUUGACAACGGCAGUGACGACACCAAGGCCGAAUGAGGAGAAAAUUAGGAUCCUGAUUGCUCCACUCUGGUCACGCUACAAGCAUCAGUUUCGUCAACUCAACAUCCACAACAACUCCCUCAGUGUCUAUCCGUAUCAUAAUGUGAAGAAUGUUGGUUGUGUUGCUUACAUAGCAAAGACUAAAAAACUUCUCAUAGGAUUAGACAACCCUGAUAUGAUAGUGUCAUCUACACUGGACACAAAUCAAGCUACAGUGCUACAUAGAGGAGUAGAAGCAACUGGCAUGGCAGUGGAUGAAGGGCAGGACAUCGUAUUCUUGUCCACGUUUCGACCACAGUACACAAUUUCCAGAAUGUCUACAGAAGAUUGAUACGACUUUGUCUUGCCAUCACUGAAUGCGAUCGUGAAAUAUGACGUUAUUGAAAACUUCGAACCGGUUUCGAACCCGAAACACUUCGCGCUUGGCGGUUUGAUCCACUAGGCUACGAAGGAUCGCUGUG